AUGGGAAAACGGAAAAAGAAACAUGUGCCGACUUCACCGCAAAAUACAUCUCAAAUUUUAAAAAAAAGAAAACCGCAACGUCCGGCAACAAUUCCAACGGAUAUUUAUGUUUCUCGUUCUUCAAAUUUUAAAGGACAAUUGCAGCGGGCCAAAAAGCUCUUAAUUAAAGAUGGCCAUCCCUCAAUAACAAUCCACGGUUUAGGAGCCAUGAUUCAAAAAUCAAUAAAUUUAGUGCUGGCAUUAAAAGACCUAACUCAUAACCAAAUUAUUUACAAAGCUACCACUGGCACAGUUGAACUGAUUGAUGAUAUUAUUCCUGAAGAUGAUGAUAAGGACUUAGAAGUUCAAACUAGAAACAACUCUAGUAUACGUAUUCAGAUAUGGCUUAAGGAAAGUAUUGAAAAACUUGUGUAA